GCUGUCAGUCACACAGUGCGCACUGCACAAACUUUCUGCUGCGGGCUGAGGGAAAUCAGUGAUAUUUUCUUAAUUUCUACACGGGCUCCACGUGUUUAAAAAAUCAAGCAGUCAUAACCUCUGCAUAAUCAUUUGAUAAAACUAGGAAGUGACUAUAAAUAAAGACACGAGGACUAUUGGACAGUUUCUAUUGUCAGGUAACUUAUUAUUAAGUGACACCCAACAUCAUCUUCCCCAUUCAUUAAAAAUUAAAACGUUCAUUCAACUCCCUGGGUUGUGAUUGGCUCAGCCUUCCCCUUCCUCUGUUUUCACUGGCUGCUCACUAGAGUGGAAUAACCAGUUAACUCUCUGGUGCCAUUUGGAUUAAAGUAGUUGAAAAAUGGAGCCCAUUUUUGCUACUGGAAUUGCUGCAAAGCUUCGGAGUCAGUGGGACCGGGAUGCAGGUUUGGGUCAGAACCACAAUGCUGUGAAGUUUCUAGGACAAGAUUAUGGGUCACUGAGGGCCCAAUGCCUCCAGACCAGAACCCUGUUCGAGGAUUCUUUGUUUCCAGCCAGCGGCACUUCUCUGGGUUUCAACGAGCUGGGCCCACGUUCCUCCAAGACACAGGGUGUGCGAUGGAUAAGGCCAACGGAGAUUUGUUUGCAUCCUAAGUUCAUCGUGGAUGGAGCAACUCGCACUGACAUUUGUCAGGGAGCUCUGGGUGACUGUUGGUUGCUGGCGGCCAUUGCAUCUCUGACUCUGAAUGAAAACCUCCUGCACCGCGUAGUGCCGCAUGGACAGAGCUUUGACAGUGGCUAUGCUGGAAUCUUUCACUUCCAGUUCUGGCAGUUUGGUGAGUGGGUGGAAGUGGUGAUUGAUGACCGGCUGCCUGUGAAGGAUGGUAAACUGUUGUUUGUGCACUCAGCGGAGGGUGGAGAAUUCUGGAGUGCCCUGCUGGAGAAAGCCUAUGCCAAACUGAACGGCUGUUAUGAAGCUCUGUCAGGUGGCAGUACAUCUGAGGGGUUUGAGGAUUUCACAGGUGGGGUCACGGAGAUUUAUGAGUUAAAUAAAGCACCAUCUGACCUCUUCAGCAUCAUUGGCCGAGCCAUCGAGAGGGGCUCACUGCUGGGCUGCUCUAUACAUAUCACCAGUAAUUUUGACAUGGAGGCAGUGACCUUCAAGAAGCUGGUCAAAGGUCAUGCGUACUCAGUGACUGGAGUGGAGGAGGUGGUCUACAGGGGAAACAUGACUAAACUGGUGCGUAUCAGAAACCCCUGGGGUGAAGUGGAGUGGACUGGAGCCUGGAGCGAUGACUCUCGGGAAUGGGACAAUGUGGACCGCUCUGUCAGGGGCAGAUUACAGAACCGCAGUGAGGACGGAGAGUUCUGGAUGUCGUUCAGUGAUUUCCUGCGUGAGUUCAGCCGGUUGGAGAUCUGUAAUCUGACAGCAGAUGCUCUGCAGGCAAGUCAGGUAAAGAAAUGGAGCACAGCGCUCUAUCAGGGGGAGUGGAGGAGAGGAAGUACUGCCGGUGGCUGCAGGAACUACCCAGCCACAUUCUGGAUCAAUCCUCAAUUCAAGGUAGCCCUGCAGCACACUGAUUCUCCCGGCCAAUCAGAAUGCAGCUUCCUGGUAGCUCUGAUGCAGAAAAACCGCAGGAAGAAGCGAAGAGAAGGACAAGACAUGGAGACCAUUGGAUUUGCCAUUUAUGAGGUUCCAAGAGAGUAUUUGGGUAAGUCAGGUGUGCAUCUGAAGAGAGAUUUCUUCCUCAGUCAUGCGUCCAGCGCCCGCUCUGAGCUCUUCAUCAACUUGAGGGAGGUGAGCACGCGUUUCCGGCUGCCACUGGGAGAAUACGUCAUCAUACCAUCCACCUUUGAGCCGCACAAAGAGGCUGACUUCGUCCUCCGAGUUUUCUCAGAAAAACCUGCCAACUCAGAGGAAAUGGAUGAUAAGGUCACAGCUGACCUUCCUGAUGAGCAACAUCUGGAUGAGAUUCAGAUUGAUCCUGGGUUUAAGAAUCUCUUCAGACAGCUGGCUGGACCUGACAUGGAGAUCAGUAUCACAGAGUUGCAGACCCUACUAAACAGAAUUAUCAGCAAACAUAAAGAUUUGAAGACAGAUGGCUUUGGUAAGGAGGCCUGCCGCAGCAUGAUCAACCUCAUGGACACCGAUGGGAGUGGUAAACUCGGACUCGCAGAAUUUCAUGUGUUGUGGGAAAAGAUUAAACGCUACCUGGCGAUCUUCCGGGAGUAUGAUGUGGAUAAAUCUGGUACAAUGAGCUCUUACGAGAUGCGACAAGCUCUGGACGCAGCAGGUUUUAAGCUGACCAAUCAUAUAUUCCAGCUGAUUAUUCUUCGCUACAAAGAAGAGAACCUCUCAGUGGAUUUCGACAAUUUUGUCACCUGUUUAGUGCGACUGGAAACCAUGUUCAAGACCUUCAAGACCAUUGACACAGACGAUGAUGGAGUAGUAUCGCUCACAUUCUUUCAGUGGAUCUAUCUGACCAUGUUUGCCUGAAAUAACGGGUGGAUUUCCAGUGCUUCAGUGCCCAGUGCUGCAGCCUCUGCUUCUUUAGGCUUCAAACUGAGAGUGCCCUCUUUUUCAAACUAUCUACACUUGUUGCUUCAAACUUAGUAAUAGGCCUUGUUUACAAUACCUGCAAUCAGAACAUGAUUUACAUAACACUGUGCCAUUAGUGAGUAUUCAUAAAGUCAAGAGAAGCCUAUACCAAGACAUUCAGAAUAGACAUUUACCUGUUUCUUGCCAUUUUUGAAAUUAGUUGCAUGUAUUGUUCCCUGGACUGCCAAAAGAAACUUUGUUUACACUUCCCGUGCCAAAUGAAUUAGUUACUCAUUGCCAAUUUCAAUCAUUAUAAAAGACUUUAAUGAACAUUUUAUGAACAUGAAAUGCAUUAUAUUUUUCAAUGAAUCUCAGAUCUGGAAUGUUGUGCACUUAAAAAUUGCUGUAUAAGAAAUGCAUGUGCUGGUGCAUAGUGAGACUAUGCAUGUUACUGUUGUUGAAGCGCAAUGUUUUAAACUGGACUGAAUUUCAUACACCAUUGUAUUAUGCCACAAUUUGAUCAAGAUGUACUGAAAAGGUUCUUUUAAAAAGCUGAAAGAGACAUGAACAUUUUUAUUUUCAUAUACAUUCCAUUAGUUCUGUUUAUAUGAGCAAUGCCUUCAAAAUACAUAUAAAUGCAAUAUACUGUAGACAUUGGCAAAACAACUGAGAAUGGACAGAAAUCUUAUUUACUUAGUUUAGAAAAAAAUGAAAGUAAACACGACAUAAGUAUGCUGUGCCCAAUAAUAAUAAUAAUAAGAAGAAGAAGAAAAAUAUAUAUAAAUCAUUUUUUAUUCAAUUGUGAGUUUUCAAUAAACUUUCUUCAAAAUGGAGAACGUGUGCCCAGAUCAUGUUUAAUAGUGCUUUGCAUUACCUCUGUCAUAUUCCCUGUUGUCUUUUGUUUUUGUACUUUUAUGUUGAAAUUCUUGUUAAGUUCCUGUUUCCUAUUAGUUUUGUAGUCCUUUGUAGUUUUAUUCCUUGGUUCUCCCUGAUUAUUUCUCAUUCCCUGAUUGUUUCCACAGGUGUUCCUCGUUCCCUUGUUUGUUCCCUUGUGUGUUUAAGCCAUUCGUUUCCCUGUUUCCUGUGUCAGUUCUUGCAUGUUUAGCUUUCAUGUUCUGUGCUUGGUUCCCAGUGUUUUUCUUUUCCUUUUGCACCGAGUUAACUUGUUUUUUUUUCAGUUCAAUAAAGCUGCGUUUAGAUCCUUAUUCCUUGCCUGCCUCGUCACAGAAGAACUGACCAAAAGAUGGAUCUAGCAGCGGAGGGAGCCGUGCAAACCUCCCUAUCGUUGAAUACUCUCAUCUGUUCAGCACCAUAGCCAGAUGCACUGGUUUUGCUGAUGGCCACUUAAAGUCCCUAUACCAGAUCAGCCUCCAUGCCAAUGAAUGGAGGGAAUUACCGGAGACCAGGAACUAAACGUGGGAAGAGUACAUUCAUUUAAUUUUAGAGACAUUCACCUCUGAGAAUCCUCUUAACGAGCCAGCG